AUGUCUAAACGAUGGUAUCGUUCAAGGAGGAAUCAUCUUAUAAUCAUAGUGAUCACUAUAAUAUGUAUUAUUUAUUAUAUAAGCGACAGUUGGCAACGAGGAUUGAACAUGGACCUGACAAGGAGAACAGAAAAGCCCGCUGAUCCUAUCUCGGUUGUGGUUCCAAGUAAAAUUGUACAAAAAGGUAUUAAAAGAAAAUCUAUAUUGAAAUUGAUAGAAAGUCGGAUAAAAGAAUCUCUGCAACAAGACAAGGGGCAAGGGUGCAAUGUGCCACAACUGGACCCGUUUGCUGAGGAGUUGGUGGCCUUGGAGAAGAAGAAGAAACGUCCUAAUAUUGUGUGCAACGAUCCCGAUUGGGUGAAAUGUUACAUAUCUAAAUGUUGGGUAGUAAAAGAUAUACUAGAGACGACAACGGAUUUAGUCUGCACGUACCAAGAUAUAUUGUAUCAGUCUGACUGGAAAUACCACCUGGGACCUGUAAGGACAAUACAAAAUCACGGCUUCUUUACUCUUGACAAGAGCGAUCAUAUCAAGAUCAAGUGUACGGGUAAACGUGGCGAUAGUAAUUCGUAUACGACAUGGUACGGUUACCACGUAGGUUUUCGUAAGUCAGUGGAACGGUUUCCGACUCCACCAGGAAGAGAGGACACCUACAACGUGAUGAUAUUCGGCUUCGAUUCCACCUCCAAGUUAGGAAUAAUACGCAACUUACCCAAGAGCUUCGACCACAUCAAGAAUCACUUGAAGGCAACUGUUAUGGAUGCUUACAAUAUUGUUGGUGACGGUACUCCAGCCGCUUUGUUCCCGAUUCUCUCGGGAAAAACUGAACUUGAGCUCCCUGAUGUAAGAAAGGCAAGCUCCAACGGUACGCUGGACUCAUUCCCCUUCUUAUUCUACAAGCUGAAAGAAGAUGGAUAUCGCACAGCAUAUUUCGAGGAUAUGCCGGGAAUAGGAACGUUCCAAUACCGGUUCAACGGCUUCAAACGUCAGCCGGCUGAUCAUUAUUUACGCUCUUUCUAUCUUGAAAUGAACAAAAGGGGCAAAUGGCUGAAACAACAUCAAUAUUGUAUCGGCGACACACCGCAGUAUAAAGUCAUGAUGAAUAUUACUGAACAGUUCAUGCAACUGGAUGGCAAGAGGUUUGGUUUCACGUUCGUCGCUGACAUCACACAUGACGCGAGCUACAUAUCACUGGCGGACGAUGAUUUCUUAAUAUUGCUGCGUCGACUGGAGGAGAAAGGUCAUUUGGAAGACACCCUCGUCAUCCUGAUGACUGAUCAUGGACCAAGGUUUUCAUCUGUCCGUGGUACGCUGCAAGGCAAGCUUGAAGAACGUUUAGCGUUUAUGGCCGUACGUUUACCUGAUAGGAUGCAACGGUCCCAGCCGUACGCCCAAAUGAACUUGGAACAAAACGCCGCCGUCCUGACCACGCCCCACGACGUGUACGCCACGAUCGUCGACGUUCUAAAAUUGCCGCAACAUAAGAAUCCCUACAAAAUCCCCGGGGCUGACUUCCCCAGAGGAAUGUCUUUAAUUGAACCGAUCCCCAAGAACAGGUCGUGCAGUGAAGCUGGCAUUCAGCCGCAUUGGUGUGCCUGUGUCAACUGGAAAAAUGUCACCGACUCCUCCAUGAUACAGAGAACCGCUGAAGCAUUCGUUAACUACAUCAACCAGCUCACUGAACCGCAAAGAUCACUAUGUGUUCCGCGUACUUUGAAAGAAAUUAAGUGGGUCAUGGUGCAAGCGCCGAACAAAGAUGUUCUCUCAUUUGGGGGCGCAAAAGACAAUGAUGGCUACUUGGCAAAGUUCGGAAAGGCUAUAAAAGUAUCGAAACAAACUUAUCAAGUCCAGGUGGCUGUGGGCCCAGGAUAUGGAGUUUAUGAAGCAUCAAUGACAUAUUUGGUGUAUGAAGACAAAUUCAUUAUGGAUUCAAGAGAUAUUUCACGAACUAAUGUAUAUGGGGACGAACCGAAAUGUAUAAGCGCUACCCAUCCACAUCUAAACAUGUAUUGUUAUUGUAAAAAGUAA